UAGUAUGUCAAUAUAAAAAACAAAGAUGGCUACCAAACUGUGGAGAAGAACGUGUUUAUCUAAGUUUUUUCGAGGAUAUCACAAGCCUUUUGUAACGACAACCAAUUUGAAUAUAGAGGAUGGUUACAGAAAACUUCUUGAAGAUCGUGAGGUUGAAUUACUCAAAGAAAAAAUAGGCAAGGUUGAAAUUACAAGUGGGUCGGAUCUCUCUAAGAAGAAGGUGACUUUUGAAGAUUUAUUUCGGAGAUCUAAGUUUUGUCAAUUAGGCGACGUUUCUGGUUCUAUACUUAUUGGAAGGGUAGUGGACGUUGUGUCAAAUGAUUUAUACAUUGAUUUUGGAGGAAAAUUUAAUUGUGUAUGCCCACGCCCUCUUGUAACCGAAGUCGUGGUUGAUGAGGAAACUAAAGAAGAACAGCCGGUAUCCCGUUUUGAUGAAAGUUACACUUAUGGAACUCAAGUGAAGUUGCAACUGAAAGAAUUUGAAAUGGCAGAAAAAUUCCUUGGUUCAGCUCGCCAUACCUCACUGCUUGAGGCGGAUGCAGUUCUUCUAGGUCAUGUGACACAAAAAGAGGUUUUACAAGAGGAGCUACAAGAAAACAUCUUGUUUUAGUUUUAUAUUAUAACAGUAUAUUUGAUUUUAUUGGUGAAAUCUUUGAGUUUCAUGGUUACAACAGAGUGAUCAAAAGCUUAAAGCAGUGAUUUUCAGGGAACGGAGCUUGGUGGUACUCAAUAGCAUUGUUCCUUUACUUCUAUAGAUCAGCUGUCGAGAGUUCUUGCACAGAACUAUGGAACUAUGUUGGGCAUCUUCUUAAAAUAUACCAAAACAUGUAUUAAUGGUUUUAAGUUAUUUUACAUGUAACGAUACUUCA